UGGAAAAAGUUAUUCGAGGUACAAAGACUUAACAUUUUCUCAACUUUUCCAAAAAAAUUCCUCAUUUUGCCACUUUGGAUGCUUAUAACUCGGUCAGUUUCCAAUGGAUCUUCAAUUGCAGCACAUAUUUGGAUAGAUCUGGUCAUUAGCUACCAAAAGUUAUUCUACGCCGAUGUGCUAAGUUGUCUGUGGAAAAAGUUAUUCGAGGUACAAAGACUUAACAUUUUCUCAACUUUUCCAAAAAAAUUCCUCAUUUUGCCACUUUGGAUGCUUAUAACUCGGUCAGUUUCCAAUGGAUCUUCAAUUGUAGCACAUAUUUGGAUAGAUCUGGUCAUUAGCUACCAAAAGUUAUUGUACGCCGAUGUGCUAAGUUGUCUGUGGAAAAAGUUAUUCGAGGUACAAAGACUUAAAAUUUUCUCAAUUUUUCCUAAAAAAUUCCUCAUUUUGCCACUUUGGAUGCUUAUAACUCGGUCAGUUUCCAAUGGAUCUUCAAUUGUAACACCGAUUUGGAAAGAUCUGCUCAUCAGCUACCAAAAGUUAUUCUACGCCGAUGUGCUAAGUUGUCUGUGGAAAAAGUUAUUCGAGGUACAAAGACCUAAAAUUUUCUCAAUUUUUCCUAAAAAAUUCCUCAUUUUGCCACUUUGGAUGCUUAUAACUCGGUCAGUUUCCAAUGGAUCUUCAAUUGUAGCACAUAUUUGGAUAGAUCUGGUCAUUAGCUACCAAAAGUUAUUCUACGCCGAUGUGCUAAGUUGUCUGUGGAAAAAGUUAUUUGAGGUACAAAGACUUAACAUUUUCUCAACUUUUCCAAAAAAAUUCCUCAUUUUGCCACUUUGGGUGCUUAUAACUCGGUCAGUUUCCAAUGGAUCUUCAAUUGUAGCACAUAUUUGGAAAGAUCUGCUCAUCAGCUACCAAAAGUUAUUCUACGCCGAUGUGCUAAGUUGUCUGUGGAAAAAGUUAUUCGAGGUACAAAGACUUAACAUUUUCUCAACUUUUCCAAAAAAAAUUCCUCAUUUUGCCACUUUGGAUGCUUAUAACUCUGUCAGUUUCCAAUGGAUCUUCAAUUGUAGCACAUAUUUGGAUAGAUCUGAUCAUUAGCUACCAAAAGUUAUUCUACGCCGAUGUGCUAAGUUGUCUGUGGAAAAAGUUAUUCGAGGUACAAAGACUUAACAUUUUCUCAACUUUUCCAAAAAAAUUCCUCAUUUUGCCACUUUGGAUGCUUAUAACUCGGUCAGUUUCCAAUGGAUCUUCAAUUGUAGCACAUAUUUGGUUAGAUCUGGUCAUUAGCUACCAAAAGUUAUUCUACGCCGAUGUGCUAAGUUGUCUGUGGAAAAAGUUAUUCGAGGUACAAAGACUUAACAUUUUCUCAACUUUUCCAAAAAAUUCCUCAUUUUGCCACUUUGGAUGCUUAUAACUCGGUCAGUUUCCAAUGGAUCUUCAAUUGUAGCACAUAUUUAGAUAGAUCUGGUCAUUAGCUACCAAAAGUUAUUCUACGCCGAUGUGCUAAGUUGUCUGUGGAAAAAGUUAUUCGAGGUACAAAGACUUAACAUUUUCUCAACUUUUCCAAAAAAUUCCUCAUUUUGCCACUUUGGAUGCUUAUAACUCGGUCAGUUUCCAAUGGAUCUUCAAUUGUAGCACAUAUUUGGAUAGAUCUGGUCAUUAGCUACCAAAAGUUAUUCUACGCCGAUGUGCUAAGUUGUCUGUGGAAAAAGUUAUUCGAGGUACAAAGACUUAACAUUUUCUCAACUUUUCCAAAAAAUUCCUCAUUUUGCCACUUUGGAUGCUUAUAACUCGGUCAGUUUCCAAUGGAUCUUCAAUUGUAGCACAUAUUUGGAUAGAUCUGGUCAUUAGCUACCAAAAGUUAUUCUACGCCGAUGUGCUAAGUUGUCUGUGGAAAAAGUUAUUCGAGGUACAAAGACUUAACAUUUUCUCAAUUUUUCCAAAAAAAUUCCUCAUUUUGCCACUUUGGAUGCUUAUAACUCGGUCAGUUUCCAAUGGAUCUUCAAUUGUAGCACAUAUUUGGUUAGAUCUGGUCAUUAGCUACCAAAAGUUAUUCUACGCCGAUGUGCUAAGUUGUCUGUGGAAAAAGUUAUUCGAGGUACAAAGACUUAACAUUUUCUCAACUUUUCCAAAAAAUUCCUCAUUUUGCCACUUUGGAUGCUUAUAACUCGGUCACUUUCCAAUGGAUCUUCAAUUGUAGCACAUGUUUGGAUAGAUCUGGUCAUUAGCUACCAAAAGUUAUUCUACGCCGAUGUGCUAAGUUGUCUGUGGAAAAAGUUAUUCGAGGUACAAAGACUUAACAUUUUCUCAACUUUUCCAAAAAAUUCCUCAUUUUGCCACUUUGGAUGCUUAUAACUCGGUCAGUUUCCAAUGGAUCUUCAAUUGUAGCACAUAUAUGGAUAGAUCUGGUCAUUAGCUACCAAAAGUUAUUCUACGCCGAUGUGCUAAGUUGUCUGUGGAAAAAGUUAUUCGAGGUACAAAGACUUAACAUUUUCUCAACUUUCCAAAAAAAAAUCCUCAUUUUGCCACUUUGGAUGCUUAUAACUCGGUCAGUUUCUAAUGGAUCUUCAAUUGUAGCACAUAUUUGGAAAGAUCUGCUCAUCAGCUACCAAAAGUUAUUCUACGCCGAUGUGCUAAGUUGUCUGUGGAAAAAGUUAUUCGAAAAAGUAGCUUCUAAUACUUUGAAUGGCUUAUACGAAUUGCCUACCUUCAGGCUGAUUUCUCGCGAUUCGCAUUUCAAUUUCUAUUUUUGACUAUAUCUCAGUCAUUUACCGACCGAUUUUGGAUUUUCUUUGUGAUUUGGAUAGAUCUCGAUAAAUGCAAGCUAAAAGUCUUCCACGACCAUGUGCUCCGAUGUCGGGCAAAAAAGUUAUUCGCGACCUAAACUUUUUCUUUCACCUGCCAUAACUCGGUCAAUUUUCAACAUUUUCUCGAUCUUUCUUCAGAAUUAGAUGCGUCUUGUGACGCGCUACAAAAAGUUGUUCCACGACCAUGCGCUCCGAUGCCGGGCAAAAAAGUUAUUCGCG